UAUAUAACAGCUGCUUGCAGUUCAGAAACACAUGCUGUAUUCAACCAAACAUGAAUACUUUCAGUCUGUGUAUUCUAGUGAGCCUGGCUGUUGCAGUUUACUGCGUGCCAAUAUUGCAUGUUACUGGGCAAGAUGAGAAUUUUGCAGAGAGCUACCUGAAGAAAUUCUUUAACCUAACAGAGGAGAAAGGUCCAACUAGCAGACGUGGGAUCAGCCAGGUGAGCAGGAAGCUGAGUGAGAUGCAGAAGUUCUUCGGCCUCCAGAUCACCGGGACGCUGGAUACCGACACCAUGGCGGUGAUGAAGAAGCCCCGCUGUGGCGUCCCAGACACCAACAUUGCAAGGUUCUCCACGUUUGGAAGUAACCUCAAGUGGGAGAAAAACAGCCUUACCUACAGGAUAGAGAACUACACACCUGACAUGUCUGUGGCAGAGAUAGAUGACUCCAUAGAGAAAGCUCUGCAGCUUCGUCAUCAUUUUGGCUGUUAA